AUGCGAGCCACUCGUCUCUUUGCUUGUCUUCUGUUGCCAGUACUGGCCGUCGCUCAGAACCAAACGUCCUCCCAACAGUCAUCGCAACAAUCUUCUCAGCAGUCGUCGCAGCAGCAGACCCCUUCCCUUUCCUUAUCCGUUACAGUCGUUACGACAAUCGUCCCGUCCACCGAGUACAAUGUCGGUGAUGUUGUCACGGAUGGCAAGACAGUGACAAGUUCAUUCCCCCAUGUCAUCAGUGUCACAGCAACGGAAACAAUUACCCACACGCUAGGCGGCUCUACCAAUCAGGGUAAUCAGGCUGCUAAAACGACUUCCACGUCGAUGCCUCCUGCAUCCACUGCACCCACCAGUAUUUACGGAGGAGGAAACGAGGCACCCAACGGGGCGCCAAGUCCAGGAGAGACCGGUGCGAAUGGGAUCUAUGGCCCAAGUAACACAUACGUCGCUGCGGCGUUUUCUACACGAGCGCAUGCAGCCCUCACAAUGAUAGCGGGUUUGGUCAUAGGGAGUGCGCUAGUAUUGGCCUGCUAG